GUAAUUGAUAAUCUCAAGAAACAAAGACAUGAAAUUAACGAAAUGAUGUCAUCUUAUAAUAUCUGUACUCAACAGAUCUCUAAAUUGAAAGGCGACCAAAAAAGGCAGUCUGAACAGUUAUUUUUAGAUCGAAGAAAUGAGGAAUACACUUGAUGGAAUAACAGAAUUUUUGGAUUACUUGGAAAACGAAAAAUCUUCUAAAAUUAUUGAUGAAGAAGAUUUCCGAAUUAGAGAUAAAAAACAUGAAAACCUUUUAAAAGAAAUUGUAGAGUUGAUUUCGGAAUUAAAUGAGAAUCAAUUGAAAGAAGAAACAAAAGAAAAUAGUCGUAUUGCUAAAUUGGAAGCAGAAAGGAAUGAGGAUUGCGCAAUGUUAAUUUCUGUUGUUAAACAAAUCGAGCAAGUAAAUCAAAUUAAAUCUAUUACAGGAACUAACGGAUUACCAGGUAAAACUGCAGGUCCUGAAAUAUCUAAACCUAAAAUUGAAAAUUCUGGUGAGAAUAUAAAACUAUUUCCUACCAAUUCGUCAGAAAUGAAGAUUCGAGUGACCAAUUUUGAAAAAUCCAAAAAAUCAAUUAAAAAGAAGAGCCUAUUUCCAAAAAUUAAAGAGAAAAAUCGAGAAGAGAAAGGAAUUUUUGGAGUUUAAGACUUCCUCUAAAAGAAAAAGGAAAAUGGAUAUAAAUUCUGUUCCAAUUCAAUCCUGUAGUUUUCAAAAUCCAAUUUCCUCAGGGCCAUACAAUUCAGUAAAGAAUUACUUAUCUCGAAAAGAUAUUACUUUUUAUCUCAAACUUAUAGGGAGAAGCCCCGAAAGGAACUGAAUAAAAUUUAUGAAAAUA